GGAGAGGGAAAACAAUCUGACCGACUUCACAUCGCAAGGAACUGCCGGAGAAGCGCGUUUGUGCGGACUUUAAAAGGACAAGCUUACUUCUUUUUAAAACAUUCUCUGAGCACUGAAGUGGGAGGACACCAACAAAUUGUAAUGCUGAAAUAUGAGAGAACGGCACCGGGGCGUGUGAAGGCACAUGGGAAAGGACUGGUCGUGUUCUCUAGGCUGUAAACAUAGAGGUUUUUUUCUUUGCUUGGAAGUGCAUUUGGUUAAGAGUGAUGAUUACAACAACUUUGGGCCUGAGCGAAGCUCUGCACACCUAUAACUCCAACCAACCAAAAUGGAUUAGUAGACGGAAAGGACUCUAGAGACAGGCUGUUGCGUUUCAGUUAUAUUUUCAUCAGACUAAGUAGAGUCCACCUCAUUGAGAGGAGAGAGACCAUAUCCAGAAGUAGCUCGCUUACUGAAACCAAAAUGUUGCAGUUGUCUUUGACAGCUUUGAGUCUUUGGUGGACCUUUUUCAUGUGCAACGUGGGCAUAAGUUGCGCGCAAGAAAGACAGGGUUACCUGGUUGCUGCUCCCUCUGUGUUUCGAGCAGGUGUGGAGGAGAGCGUGAGUGUAACCCUUUUCAAUGUAAAGUCAGAAACGCGUGUCCAGGUGCAGCUGUUGGUGAAGGGACAGACGGUUGCUCACAGCCAUGGCUCGGUGCUCGAUAAGGGGACCAUCACACUGAAGGUUCCCUCUGGGCUAAGAGGUCAGGCCCAUCUGAAGGUCUGGGGGAACCGUCACCUCACAGAAGGAGGCUACAUUUUCCACAACUACACCACUGUCACUGUGGAGAGCAAGGGUGCAGCUGUCUUCAUCCAGACUGACAAACCCAUCUACAAACCCAAACAUAAAGUGCUCAUCAAUGUUUACACAGUCACACCAGACAUGAGGCCAGUAAAUGAAAAGAUCGAGGCAUAUGUUUUGGAUCCAAGAGGAUCCAGGAUGGUCCAGUGGAAGGGGCUUAAAUCUGUCUGUUGUGGGAUUGUGAACAUGAGUUUUCCUCUUUCUGACCAGCCUGUGUUUGGCGAGUGGUUUAUCUUUGUACAGGUCCAAGGCCACACCUACAACAAGUCAUUUGAAGUGCAGAAAUACGUGAUGCCCAGGUUUGAGUUGGUGAUUGAUCCACCACGUUACAUCCGUGAUCUCAGCUCAUGCGAGCAGGUCACUGUCACGGCCAGGUACACUUUUGGGAAACCAGUGACAGGGAAGUUGACAGUUAAUAUGACUGUAAAUGGUGUUGGCUAUUACCACCAUGAGAUGGGCCAUCCUGUAAUUAAAACCAUGGAGAUCAAAGGUUCUGCAAAUUUCAGUCUGUGUGUCAAAGAGAUGAUGCCAUUGGACGUUGCGGAUCACUUCAGGGGGACAGUUAGCAUUUGGGCAUCAGUGGCCAGCAUCGAUGGGAGCAGGCAAACUACAUUUGAUGAUUCUACACCAGUUCAUAAACAGCUCAUUGACAUCAAGUAUUCGAAGGACACUCGCAAACAGUUCAAGCCUGGUCUACCUUACAAAGGGAAAAUUGAAGUUUCCUAUCCUGAUGGGAGCCCAGCUGAUGGGGUGAAGGUGCGUGUUAAGGCAGAGCUGAGUCCAAAGGACAAUGUCUACACCAGUGAGCUGAUCUCCAAAGAUGGCCAAGUCACCUUUGAGAUACCCUCCAUCCCUACAGCUGCUCAGUACGUCUGGCUUGAGACCAAGGUGACAUCUAUUGAUAGUAGAGCAGUGGGAGACCAGUACUUGCCAAACUACUUGUCCAUUAGUAGUUGGUACUCGCCAAGUAGGUGUCACAUCCAGAUCCAGAACCCCAGCACUCCUCUCAAGGUUGGCCAAGAUGCCGAAGUGGCCCUUAAAUCUACUUGUCCCUGUAAUUUUACCAUGCACUAUGAGGUAGCAUCCAGGGGGAACAUCAUCCUAUCAGGCAAACAGCUGGCCAACUUCACAACUUCGCACAGAGGAAAAAGAGCAACAAUCACCUUUGAUAAGAACAUUCACACCACCCGUCUCCCUCCUUCUGCAUCAGGUGUUGCAGGCUCUUCCUCCCAGGUCGAGAUGGACACGUGUGUGUCUUAUCUGCAUUUUCCCGUUAGUCACAACAUGGCGCCUCUCAGCCGUCUGCUGGUCUACUAUGUGAGAGAAAAUGGUGAGGGGGUCACAGACAGUUUGCAGAUCUCGGUGCAGCCCAAGUUUGAGAACCAGGUUUCGGUUUCUCUGUCAUCUAAUGAGUCAAUGCCAGGGGACCCAGUGACGCUGCAUGUCCAGGCUGAGAGGGGCUCCUGUGUUUGUGUGGCCACUGUGGAUAAAAGUCUUUACCUGUUAAAGCCUGACUUUCAGCUCAGUCCUGACAAGGUGUUUAAAGAGCUGGCAGAAUUUGAUGUUUCGGAAGUCUUCGGCAUUCCUAAAGAUGAUGGACACUUCUGGUGGCCUGGACUGUCAUCAAAGAGACGCAGGAGAUCCUCUGUGUUCCCGUGGCACUGGGACAUCACUAAAGAUGCACGCUUUGCUUUCACUGAAACUGGGCUGGUGGUGAUGACAGAUAUGGUGAGUUUAAACCAUCGGCAGAGCGGAGGCAUGUACACGGAUGAGGCUGUUCCUGCCUUUCAGCCGCACACCUCCACUUUGGUGGCUGCCAUGCACUCCCUUCCUACAACCAGAGCAGAGAGGCGGAGGCGGACAUUUUUCCCAGAGACCUGGGUGUGGCACUGCCUCAAUGUCAGCUCUGACACUGGGGAAGCUGACCUUCAGCUGGAUGUGCCGGAUUCAAUCACCACAUGGGUCGCAGAAGCCGUUGGCCUGUCUGAAGAGAAGGGACUGGGUUUAGCAAAGAGAGCUGAGCUUCGUACCUUCAAGCCCUUCUUUGUUGACUUCACACUGCCCUACAGCUUGAUCCGAGGGGAGCAGACCAAAGUUCCCCUCACUGUUUACAACUACCUGCCUACCUGCUCUGAGGUUCAUGUGAAAGUGUCCGUUCCAAAGGGCAUCAAGUUUAUUGGCCAUCCUGGAAAGCACCACCUUACCAGAAAGAAGUGUGUUGCUCCAGGGGAGGCUACUCCUACAUCCAUUGUGUUGUCUUUCACUGAACUGGGAACUGUUAACAUCACAGCCCGUGCUAUUGCCUAUAGUACACCAAGCUGUUGUUCAGAUGGAUUCCUGAUGGGCAAAACAGGAAAUGAUAUUGAUGAAAGGAGACUCUCAGCUGGCCUUGACUAUGUCCGCAGGACUGUUUUAGUGGAGCCAGAAGGCCUUCCCAGAGAAUACACUUACAGUGUUUUCUUUUGUCCCAAUGAGAGGAUUCACAUUUCCACCCCUAACAAGUACGAGUAUCAGUAUGUCAAAAAACCAGCCAAGAUGAACCAGUUCGAGGUGGCAGUGAAGACCCACAACGAUGCCCAUAUCGCCCUCUCUGCCAGUCCCCACGACAGUGCAGAAAUGCUUGAGAUAGUUCUUGGUGGAAGGCAGAACACCCGUUCCUGGAUUUCCAUUGGAAAAAUGGGCGAACCCCUGCUCAGUGUCCCUACACCGGGUAUCCUGUCCUGGGAUGAGUUUCGCAGUUUCUGGAUCAGUUGGACUGGAGGCACAGUGCAGGUUGGCUAUGGUGUACAUCCAUCCAAUGAAUCCAUCAUCCUCCAAUGGGCAGGCCAAUUCCUGGGACAGGUGCAACACAUUGGCUUUUCAACAGGCUGGGGCUCAGUGGGGGAGUUUAAAAUCUGGAGGAAGGAAGAUUCUGACGACAAUCACAAUGAAGCCUUCACACUAGCAGUCCCACAGAACAUGGUGCCUGGAUCCGAAAGAGCCACUGCAUUUAUGAUCGGGGAUGUCAUGGGACCAACUUUAAAUAACCUGGACAAGCUGUUAAGGCUGCCCUUUGGUUGCGGUGAGCAAAACAUGAUCCACUUUGCCCCGAACGUCUUUGUUCUGAAGUACUUGCAAACGACCAAGCAGCUCAGUCCUGAGGUGGAGAACGAAGCAACUGACUAUCUGCUUCAAGGCUACCAGAGACAACUGACCUACAAACGGCAGGAUGGAUCAUAUAGUGCCUUUGGCGAAAGGGAUUCCUCUGGCAGUAUGUGGUUGACAGCGUUUGUGCUGAAGUCUUUCGCUCAGUCUCGGGGCUUCAUUUUUAUUGAUCCUGAGGAGCUCCGUGCAGCCAAGUCUUGGCUCAUCAAACAUCAGCGAGAUGACGGAUCCUUCCCUGCUAUGGGACGCAUCCUCAACAAAGACCUGCAGGGAGGGAUCCAUGGGAAGAUUUCACUUACAGCUUAUGUAGUAGCAGCUCUGUUGGAAACAGGGAUAGCCACAGAGGAGGAGAAGGUGGCAGUGGCCAAAGCCAAGGACUUUUUGGAGAGCAACACAUACUCUGCUGACGAUCCUUACACCACUGCCCUGUCUGCAUAUGCCUUGGCUCUACUACGCAGCCCUUAUGGCCCACUGGCUCUGCGGCGCCUCAAUCACAUGGCCAUCACACAAGAUGGACUCACCCACUGGAGUCUGACUGGCAGCACUGUGACUGAUGAAGACACUUUCAUGGGCUUCAGUGAUGGCCUCUCUCAGUCAGUGGUGUCAGCAGAGGUGGAGAUGACAGCUUAUGGUCUUCUGACCUACACCCUGCUGGGGGAUGUGGCUUCUGCUUUGCCUGUGGUCAAAUGGCUCUCCCAACAAAGGAAUGCCUUGGGUGGCUUCUCUUCCACACAGGACACAUGUGUGGCUCUUCAUGCUCUGUCAGAAUACGCCAUCCUGUCCUAUGUAGGAGGGGUAAAUCUCACCAUCUCACUGGCCUCCACCAACCUGGACUUCCAGGAGUCCUUUGAACUAAACAGGGACAACAAGAAACUCCUUCAAAGCGCCAAGAUCCCUAGUAUCCCCACAGGCCUUUUUGUCAGCGCUAAAGGAGAAGGCUGCUGUCUCAUGCAGAUUGAUGUGUCAUAUAACGUACCUGACCCAGUAUCUAAGCCAGCUUUCCAGCUGAAGGUGGAUCUGAAAGAGCCUUUUCAAGAGCAACAGCUGCAGGCCUCUUCCUCCGCUUCCCGAGUUUCUGCUUCCCGCUCACGGAGCAGAGCCGACAACCGCUCUGAACUGAACCGGAAGCGGCGGGCACCCAUUGAUGAUGAUGACCCAUCAGCACACCAGGACAAAAUGGACUUUCACAUCUCCUUAGAAGUUUGUGCCAGGUGGCUACAUUCAGGAUCUUCCAACAUGGCAGUCAUAGAGGUGCCCAUGAUUUCUGGCUUCCGAGCAGAUGUUGAAAGUUUGGAGAGGCUGCUGAUGGACAAGAGAGUGGGUCUAAAGAGAUACGAGCUGAAUGGGAGAAAAGUCUUGUUCUACUUUGAUGAGAUUUCCAGCCAGUGUAUGACGUGUGUAGCCUUCCAAGCUGUCAGGGAGUACAUUGUGGGCAAGACUGCACCUGUUCCUGUCAAGAUCUAUGACUACUAUGAACCAGCCUUUGAAGCCACCCGGUUCUACAACGUCAGCGAGAGCAGUCCACUUGCACGAGAGCUGUGCGAUGGACCUACUUGCAAUGAGGUUGAGAGUUCUACCAAUCAGUGGACAGGUUUUGUGCAGGCAAACCAAUGCAACAAUGUGUUUGGAUGUUUGGAAGAAGAGCAGUUUGAGCGUUGCACAUGCUACAGAGACUGUGGCUACGAUGGGGAGCCUGUUUGCGGGUCAGAUGGGCAGCUCUACCAGAACCAGUGUCAGAUGGAGGUGUUUGCCUGUCGAAAUGGGACGCGCAUCAAGCAGGUUCCUCUGUCCCAGUGUUCACACAUGGAGACCACAGAGGACAGUCAACCAAUAAUGAGCCAGGAAACUGAGCAGCCCUCAGUGCCUGUACACACAGGUGAAGAGGAACAGGGCUCCAUGGCGGAAGUGUCCUAUUACUCCUAUGAAUAUGACUCAGAUUCUCAGCCUUUCCUUGCUGAUGCAGACGGAGGAAACCAUUUUGAUGUGCCUGAAGGUGGGGGCACUGUGGAGCAAAGGGUGAUCCUACCAGCAGAUACCCAGCUACCUAUAAUGGACACAAAAAGCACCCCAGAGCGAUGAAUCGUCCACUGGGUGAAGCCAUAUCCACCUCCUCCAAAUUGUAACAUAUUUGUGAAUAUGCUUGUGAAUGGAAAGAGAGGAUCUUGGACCUGCAGAAUGAGUGUGCAAGUUUUUGUUAUUAGGUGAUAAGAUUCAGAGUGGAUGCCUUUUAUCAUGUAUGUGUGUAUUUGAGAAUUUGUGUGUAGUUGAGUGUGAAUGUAUCUGUUUAUUAUUAAGCUAGAAUCUGGACUUGUGUCUUUCUUUAGAGUCCUAGUCAUCAAUGAGCACCAUAGCAUCUGUGUUAUUCACUGUGCUGCCUUUUAUAAUCACUAAAAGAAAUAAUCAAGUAUUUAUGUUUGUAAUUACACAUAUUAAGCAAAAUAUUUUGUUAUAUUUUCUAUCUGUGGUAUUUAUUUGUAGCUAGAGGUCAUAUCAGUUUUUUACAUAUAUAUUUUUAAGUCAUCACCCACCCAUACAGCCUAAUGAGGCAUUCUGUUCUUCCAUAGCAAGCUUUAACUCAAUUACUGACAAGUCUGAUGAAAUUCCUGUGCUGGUAUCCUGCUGGGAAAAAAAGACAUAUGUUUACCAUAUCCUUUACAGAAACAUAAGCUGAAAUGUUUUUCAUUUAUAAGAUUUUUUUAUAUAUAUUUGUACUUGUUAGACAGCACAGUUAAAACAGGAAACAUAAGUUAGGAGAGCAGCAUGGUUGUGCAGCAAAGGUCCCUACCAUUUCAAACCUGAGACUUUCCACUUACAGACAAGGUGCGUUCCCACCACUGGUUCCUCUGGACUCCCAUCUGCAUCUGAAUCUAAUAAAACCCCAUCAUCUGCUCUCACCAUUCACCUACUUUGAGAUUUGAUUGUACAGUUCAUAAGCUAUUGUGUUUUUGUUCCAUUUUGAUUCGUGAAGCAAUUGAGUUUAAAAAGAGAAAAGUUAAGUUUUUAAAUUUCUGUAGAUGUACCAAAUUGGAUUAAAUGUAAUCUUGAUUCAUAUCAAAUAUUGUGAUUUUUUUAAACAUGACAAUAAAAUUUCCAUCCAA